AUUAGUAAAGACUGUCCAAGAAGUCUGUCUUCGUGCAUGUGCAGAUUUUUAACGUUGUCUUUUUCAAAGAUCAAUUCGCAUAGUGCGAGGAUCAAGAGAAUCAAGUAUGGACGAAAUUUUAGUAAAAGUGGAACAGGGAAUUGUGAGAGGUUCUGUAGCAGAAAAUGUCGAAGGAAGAAAAUAUAUAGUUUUUCAAGGCAUUCCAUAUGCUGAGCCUCCAGUUGGUGAUCUUAGGUUCAAGGAUCCUCGACCACCUUUGCCUUGGACUGGAAUUCAUUACGCAGUGAAAAAAAAGGAUAAAGCGGCACAAAUUGAUUCUAAAACUGGAAACAUUAUUGGCGAAGAUGACUGUUUGUAUCUCAAUUUGGCCACUAAUUCCUUAUCAGGAAAAAAACCUGUAAUGGUUUGGAUUCACGGCGGAGCAUUUUCUGCUUCUUCGGGGGAUUUAGACUCUUUUGGUCCAGAUUAUUUGCUUAAACACGAUAUUGUCUUUGUUUCGAUUAAUUACCGACUUGGCAUAUUUGGUUUUCUGAAUAUGGAGGUAGAAGAAUGUCCAGGAAAUCAGGGAUUGAAGGACCAAGUUUUUGCUCUGAAAUGGGUUCAACAAAAUAUAGAAUCAUUUGGAGGCGAUAAGGAGAAUGUAACUAUUUUUGGAGAGAGUGCCGGAUCUGCAUCAGUUCAUUAUCAUUGCAUUUCCCCCCUUACUACAGGACUUUUUCAAAAAGCAAUUUGCCAAAGUGGUGUUGUCAUUAAUCCUUGGGCUUUCCAAGAUAGAAAUAAGGACUUUGCCUUUGAAAUAACUUCUGCAUUAGGGAAAAAAACAUCCGACCCAAUCGAAGCUGUGAGAUUUUUGCGCACAGUGGCAUCUCAAAAAGUUUUAGAAACACAAAUGAAAGUGCCCUUCAAGAAUUCAACCACAAUCAACAUUCCAUUUUUACCAACUCUGGACACAAAAAGUUCCAAUCCGUUUUUACCUCGACCAUUGGCUGAUUUAUUGAAAGAAGACAUUAAAGUUCCUUUGAUAAUUGGCUAUAAUAGCCACGAAGGAAUGAGAUUCACUGAAACUCAAGAGGAAAUGUUUAAGAGUUUAAAUAAUACGUUUGAAGAGAGAGUUGCCGCUGACCUGAAUUUAAGCGACAAGAGUAACGUCCCUAUGUUUGCCAAAGAUAUAAAAGAAUUUUACUUUAAAAAAGAACCUAUAACUCUCAAAGAACGAGAGAAUCUGAUCCAGUACAGAGGUGAUUAUAUGUUUGCAAACGGAAUUCAAAUCAUAGUCGAAAGACAAAUGGAAAGAAAGACACCUACCUAUUUUUACAGAUUUUCAUACAAUGCUGAAAGUUCUCUUUUGAAGAGAAUUGCAGCCAAUGUAAAUAUUGAAGGUGCUGAUCAUGCAGACGAGAAUUACUUAUUAUUUUAUAGACCUCUUUUGGGCAGGGAAAGGCAGUUAAAAAUGGGAACAAAAGAUUAUUUAGCAAUGGAACGCAUGUCGAAAAUGUGGUGCAAUUUUGCUAAAACUGGUGAUCCCACGCCCAAAAUUGACGAGGUGAUAAGCACGAAGUGGUCACCAUUGUUACCUAAUAAGAAAAAUUAUCUCGAAAUUAAUAAUGAACUUUUAUCAAGUGAAGAUCCGAGCAAAGAAUCUUGGAAUCUUUGGAAGCCCAUACUACAAAGUACAAAUUUAAAAUACAUGAUGAACCUGAUGACAACAUUAAUAAAGUAAUUCAAUAUACACAAGGCUUUUUCAUAAUUUAAAGAAGAAGCUUACAUUUAGGAGGAAUUACUACAAAACCAUCUUUAAGUCCUAGGUAGGGUGGUUUUUCGCCUGGAGCCAAUUCAAAUGUGAAUGUUUGUAGAAGGCAGAUGGUAAACAAAAGUAAACUAUGUUUUGCUAAAACAUCUCCUAUGCAUUUUCUACGACCUGGUAAUCAAACAAAAUGUAUUUCAAUAUUUCGAAUAGUUACUUGCUUUUUUCCAACAUGAAUAAUGAGUCCAAAUUAUUUACUGAAAAUUACCUGCACCAAAAGGAAUGAGCCACUGAUCGUCUACAAAUUCUCCCUUUUCAUUGAUAAAUCUUUCAGGUCGAAAUAUUUUAGGAUCUCCCCAAUAUUUCUCAUCCAUGUGAACACUGGCCAAAUUCGCUGAUAAAAUAUAAUCCUUCUUUAUGUCAUAUCCCAAUAACGUAGAAUCAGUAGUUGCUCGAUGGUUAACAGUAACUGGUGCAAUAUUUACCAUUC